CUCAGUCUCGCUUCUCGCGUCCAUUCAUUCAUCUCAACCACCUCACUUUGCCCUUUGUCUGCCGGCAUCCCACGCUCCUUAUUAUCAAUCAGUCCAUCCUUAUUUUCCCUCCCUUACACCACUCGUUCAUUGAUCUUCCAACCUCCAUCCUUCCAGCCGAUCUCUCGCGCUUCAACCAAUUCAAUCCACAAGACUUACCGCGACCACCAAUUCCUCUCUCACGCGCUCAUCCCAGAGACCACUCCAAUCUCCGCCAUGGCCAACGCGAGAGUCAAGCUCAAAGCUCAAGCUGUCGUUCCCGCGCCACGCUUGAUGCUCCUUGCACUCUUCUUCUGCCUGUUGACCCCGGCUCGCGCCUUCUUCCGUCAUCUCUGCCAUGGAGAAUUGGGAAACGGUCGCGUCGACCCCAUCAUGGCCCCUGGUAAUCCUGCCCAACACCUUCAUGUUAUGUUUGGUGCUUCUAAUAUGGGACUUGAUCCUACUCUCGACGAGCUUCUGGCUUCCAACUGUACCAGCUGCUCCAUCCUCCAAGACCAUUCCGUCUACUGGAGCCCACGCAUGUAUUUCCAACAUGCAAACGGCACAUUCGAGAUGGUUCCCACUGCUGGCGGACUGACUGCGUAUUACUUCACUGAGCCAUCUGCAGACCAACCAACACCAGUGGUUGCAUUCCCUCAGAACUUCCGCAUGAUCGCAGGAAACUCUCUCAAGCGCGCCUUUUACGGCCCGGUUCCAGAUCCACCAAUGUCACACUGGCAGGACAGUGACAAAACUCAACAAGCACUCAUGGAAAAGGCUCUCGGCUUCAACUGUCUGAAUUAUCAACUUCCAGCAGAAGGAGCACGAGAAUACCACUAUCUCCGCAACAAGACUUUCCUUGAUGCCACAUGUGCGGACGGAGUGCGCGCAGAAAUCAUGUUUCCGUCAUGUUGGAAUGGCAAGGAUUUGGAUAGUGCAAAUCAUACCACCCAUGUCGCAUACCCAGACGAGAUCCAGAAUGGGAGAUGUCCAGAGGGAUAUCCCGUACAUUUGCCAGCCUUGUUCUAUGAGACAAUCUAUCAAACCAAUCUUUUCAAAGGUAUUGAUGGAGAGUUUACAUUUGCCAACGGUGACCCUACUGGGUAUGGCUACCAUGGAGAUUUUAUGUGCGCUUGGGACGAAGGGGUCUUACAAAGUGCCAUCGACGACCCAGCCUGCAAUCUUCCGCUGGGAACCGCGGGAAACCAGGAUGACUGUCCAAUCUUCAAACUCCAAAACGUGGAUGAUGGUACACAAUGCCAGAUGGAGGUGCCCGAGGUGCUUCAACGCGAGCAAAUCAACUUUGUGCAACAGCUACCUGGUAAUGUCCAAGUUCAGCCUGGCCCUGCGCCUGCGACGAUUGGACCAAUACCCGGGGCUCCAGCACCAGCCACCACCUCUUCUCCGUCAAUCGCAAACACCACCAUAUCAGCUCCAGUUGGACAGAAUCUUGGAUCUAUGUCGGCAUCUUCGCCCAUCGCCUCGCCAACAACUCCAUGCACAUCCAACAGUCAGUUCACCACCACGACUAGCUAUAUGAGUAACGGUGUUCUGGUGAAUCUGAUCCUGGUUGAGGAAAUCGUGAUUGUCACCAUGGCAGACGAUGCCAGUCCGACACCAAACCCUCACAAACGUCAUGCGCACAAGCAUGGCCGCAGAAAUGGAAGAGAUCGGCUGUAAUGGGUGGUUAUAUGUGAUUAUAGCCUUUCUGCCCAGGCGGCUCUUUAUUUGGGUAUCCAGACAACCCCCAAAUCAUGUCUUGGAAAUUAUCCUUCAAGAAACGAUGACGAACAUUCCACGAAACUGCCCGGCGCAGCUAUGAGAUGCAUGACGAUGAAACAAAGGUGAAAGCAAUGUGCCGGUGGUGAGCUAGGUUGCUUCUACAUAGGACAAAUCCGAAAGCGAGGUGUGAUUUGCGAGCUGGUUCUGAUAGCUGAUGAUGGGUCAAACAUGAAAUGCAAUGACGUGACGACGCUUGUGUCAGCGAUGUGAUAGCGAGGGUUGUUCGAGGGACAAUGGCGGGUAGGCUUCCUCCUGUACUUUGUGUACUCUACUGCUGGCUUUGGCUGGAGCCCACAACAUCACACCCUGUACUUUAGCUGCG